GCUAUUUGGAAUUUAUACAUUAAAAAAAAUAUUUCCAAGCCACGGAUGUUUGAAUCCAUGGAUAAAAAAAUCCAUGGAUAUGGAGGCUGACUGUAUUUAUAGUUUUUGGGGACACCAGAGUGCUUUGACAGGAAAGGAUAAAUAGCCCUUAAAAUUCCACAGAAAAUUCCAGAGUUCCACAGCAUUGUGCUAUGGCACUUAAAACGGUGUUAAAACUGCAUUAUUUCUGCAGUGCAGAUACAGCCUUAGCCUCAGAUGAACAUGUCUUGCUAAGAAGCCUUGUAGUAGUCCAGAACUCAAAACCACUACACCAUGUACUCUCUUCUUAAUCCUAGAAACUAAAAAUAUCUUGUUUGACCAUGUAAUCAAAAUUUAUCACUUUGGCAUCAGUAGCAGUUUUCUUUUUCUUUUUUUAUUUAGUAUUUUUGAGAUUUUACAAAACAAAACAGAUUUAUCUACUUUCGAUAUAUAUAUAUACUUUUAUAUCUUAGUCAUUUUUUUUUUUUUUUACAAAAACCUCUAAAUAUCCCCUCAGUGCACCCCAUGCCCGGAGCCAUUCCCAUCUUUAUACUCCAUCCAAAAUUUUAACUCCUCCUGGUUACGUGCUACUAAAAAUAAAAUCCUUUAUUCUUUAUCUAGUCUUAGGGCCCCACACGUAGGAAAUGACUUAAAGGUACUCAACAUCAUCAAGACGUAAUGCUGAAAUGGUUGGAGAAUUUAUUGUAUAUACUCAUCUUUAAGUCCAGAAUAUUUAGUCAAAAAAUUGACCCCCAAAACCUGAGUUGAGUUAUCCAUGGGUCAAUGUAAGUACUAUACUUUAACUCUUAUUGAAAAAGUAACCAUCUCCUGGUAAAAGCAAGAGCGUAAUCUGUCAUGGAAGGAAGUACUGACCCACCUCUACGCUCUCAUCCAUCCAGCCUUUAAUGUGAGCACAAGCAGUUCUGCUUGCUGAGAUUUUGUAAAGUUCUUUUGCAUUGUUUUCCUUUGCUUCAUCCUUUACAUGCCCCUAGGAGGUUUCACCUUCAACUCACGCAUGGGUCAUAUCAAAAUCCAUAAUUUUGGCCCCCAAAACUUCCCUCAAUUUAUACAUGAGGAUGACUUAUAGUUGAGUAUAUAUGGUAGCUUUAGGCUAACCAGACUGAAUAGCAGUUUAAAUGCAAGCAUUUUAUAUUUUAAUCCAUGUGGAUCAUUCUGUUGUCCACAAAAAACUAAUACCAAAUCAAAUUUGUAAGUCUUUAUAAAGUACCACAAGUCUAUUUCCUAUUUUUCAGUAAUCUUUUGGUUGGGGACAAGAAGGAAUUACAGGGAAGUUUACAGUCUGGAAUGAAUCAGCUGUGAAAAAAUGGUGCGAGCAAAUUCUUCAUAUGCCUAUGAUCAUUAAACAAUCUACAUUUGUAAAUUAAGGAGGUUUAACAUAUACAGUACACUCAAGCAUAGUACUAAACUGCUUUCAAUUGUGCAGGUGGAGGUGACUGAUGCUGUAUUUGUAUUCUGAGGAAGUAAAAUUGGCAUCAGUAUGCUCACAGAAACGUCUCAAUGCCAGGAAAAUGCUUUUUGAUAGCAGGGCUGGCCUCCUAGUAUCAAUUUGUUAGUUACAGUUGUUUUGAUCCAACAAGGCUUUCAUUCAUAUUUGGUAUACAGUGUCCUUCCCAGAGUGGUGGAAUUUACUGUUGUUAGCUCACUUUUUCUUGGUCACAUGGAAAGGACUGAACUAUUAGUCUACCCUGUUCAAUAAACCAAACCGGGUUAGACUUUAACAAAUCAUGAAAUUUAUCCCAUGAAAAUCCAGUUCAUACAUUUGUGUCACGUUCUUAACUUUUAAAAAGUAUCCUUUCCUUAGGAGGAUUGUAACCUAUCAAAGGUGAGCAAGGGAACAGCUGCUUACCAACUGCAAGUAAAUCACAAAUGUAUCAGUGAUGGAGCGUGUGCAUCUCAACAUUAUUGUUGCAACCUCUCUAGAGAACCUCCUUAAAUUGCACAUUUGUUACUGUACCUAUACAUGUUUGUCUCUCUAUCACAUAACCCAGCACUUCUUUCCUCAGCCGCAUGGCUAGGGGCCGAGCCUAGCCAUCAUUUUACCUCCAAUGGACGCAAGUUUCUUUGGUGAAGAUUUCUCCUGAGAAUUCAAGACUAGCAGAAAGAAGCGAGGAAAUUGCGACCGUUUGGUUCUUACGGAUAGGUAUUUAUGUAUUUGGGUUUGUGUAAAUGUACGCUAUUGGCCUUUGCAGAAAAAAAGUAUUUUGGCAAGGGUGUUGAAUGGUUGAACCAUAGACGGUAAGAGCUUUGAAGGAAUUGGUUCCUCUUUAAUUAUUAAGAUAUUUUUUGCCUUUAACUGUAAUAGUCAGUCUUUAAGGGGGAAUUGAGACUUCUCUUUAAAAGAAGGAAGUGGGUGUUUAAUAUUAGUCAGAUUAAAUUACCCCUAAUUUAAUUUAUUAAAUCAUAUUUCCCAAUUGUAUGUGGUAAGUAUUUGUAUAAUGACUGAAACUAAAGCCCAAAGUUCUUUUCAUUGACCAUGUUUUUCAUGUUGCAGGUAUGAUGGGCGUGGUCACCUGCACGACCUUUCUGAAUAUGAUGCUGAAUAUUCCACAUGGAACAGAGACUACCAGUUGUCUGAAGAGGAGGCUAGAAUAGAAGCCCUCUGUGAUGAAGAGAGAGGAAGAAUAUAAGAGGCUGAGUGAAGCUUUGGCACAAGAUGAUACCUAUAAUGCAGUGGGUUUCACUUAUAGCAGUGAUUAUUAUGAUCCUUCAGAACCCACUGAGGAAGAGGAGCAACCUUCGAGAGGAAAAGUUGCUACAAUGAAGACAGAAAAUGUGGAAGAAAAUGAAGAACCUUUUGUUGCUCCUUUAGGACUGAAUGUACCUUCUGAUGUAGAAUUGCCACCAACAGCCAAAAUGCAUGCAAUCAUAGAACGGACUGCAAAUUUCGUCUGCAAGCAGGGGGCCCAGUUUGAGAUUAUGCUGAAAGCAAAACAAGCCCGAAACUCUCAGUUUGACUUUCUGCGGUUUGACCACUACCUCAACCCCUACUACAAGUUUAUUCAGAAAGCUAUGAAGGAGGGGAGAUAUGCUACACCUGCAGAAAAGAAGAAAGAUGAGAAAAAAGAUGCAAGAGAGGAUGCUGAUGAAGAUGAUGAUGAUGAUGAUGCUGAUAGCGAUAAUUACCUGCAUCCAAGCCUCUUUGCAUCUAAAAAGCGCAGUAGACUUGAAGAGCUUAUGAAGCCUUUAAAGGUGGUGGAUCCUGAUCACCCAUUGGCAGUGCUUGUUCGCAAGGCACAGGCUGACAAUAACUUGGCUGCUCCUCAACAAGCUGAGGGAACAUCUGUUCCAUCCUCACAAGUAGAAUAUUCUUCAGACUCAACUGUGGCAGCCAUGUAUUACAGUUACUACAUGUUACCAGAUGGAACAUACUGCCUCGCUCCUCCCCCACCAGGAAUUGACAUGGCUACUUACUACAGUGCUUUGCCAGCAGGAGUAACAGUGUCUAGCACUACAGGAGUAGCCACAGUAACUGCGCCUCCACCUCCUGGCACUACGCCACCACAAUCCUCUGAGACAGUUGAUGACACUAGUGGGGGAAUGCCUGCCACAACUUCUUCAACAAGCACAAUUCCUCCUGUCGUUGCCAUCAUUCCACCACCUCCAGACAUUCAACCUGUAAUUGACAAACUAGCUGAAUAUGUUGCAAGAAAUGGGAUUAAAUUUGAGACCAGUGUUCGUGCCAAGAAUGAUCCUAGAUUUGAGUUCCUGCAGCCUUGGCACCAGUACAAUGCUUACUAUGAAUUUAAGAAACAAUUCUUCCUUCAGAAAGAGGCCAGUGACAGCUCAAAGCAGGUUGCAUCUUUAUCAGAGGAUGUCCCAGUGAAUACUGCCAGUGAUGUACCCGGAGAAGCUCAGUUUUCUACUGACCACACAUCUGAAGAUGCAGAUUCUGUUCUCCAAGGUAGCAAUAAAAAGGAUCCAACUAUCAUCAAAUUGGGCAAUGAUGGCAAACUGGUGAAAGCCUCCUUUGCACCUAUCAGCUUUGCGAUCAGAGUGAAAGAGAAUGACUUGCUCCCAUUGGAGAAAAACCGUGUGAAAUUAGAUGAUGACAGUGAUGAGGAAGGGGAAGAAGGUAAAGAUGGUCAAGAGAAUGCAAGUAGCACUUCAAACAGCAAUUCAGCAUUUGCAACAUCAAGUAAUGCUCCUGAAGAAAAGAAGCCUCAGCUUACUCAGGAGGAGCUAGAAGCCAAACAAGCAAAGCAGAAACUAGAGGACAGACUGGCUGCCGCAGCCAGGGAAAAGCUAGCUCAAGCUUCUAAGGAGUCUAAAGAAAAGCAACUUCAGGCUGAACGGAAAAGGAAAGCUGCUCUGUUCUUGCAGAACCUGAAGAAUCCUUUGGCAGAAGCAGAGGUGGAAAAAAUGGAGGAGAAUGCUUUUAAUAUAGAGACGGUCAGUAACAUGCCCUGCACUCUGUUGACUGGCAUUAGGACAUUGCCAACUUUGGAAGCAAAAAUGCCGGAAAGUCCUUUAAGCAAAAGCAAAGAUCUCCCCAGAGAAGAAGAGAAGGAAAAGAAGAAAAAGAAACAUAAGAAAAGAUCUAGGUCAAGAUCUCGGUCUCCUCCUUCCAAGUAUCAUUCAUCGUCUAAGUCCAGAUCUCGAUCACAUUCGAAAGUGAAACAUUCUCUUCCGACCGCCUAUAGAACUGUUCGGCAUUCAAGAUCUCGAUCAAGAUCACCAAGGAGAAGGGCACACACACCUGAAAGGCGUAGAGAAGAAAGGAGUGUUCCAACAGCAUAUCGUGUUACCAACAGCCCAGGAAUGAGCAGGCGGCGCACACGUUCCAGAAGUCCUCAUGAAAGGAAAAAGCGGAGAUCUCACUCUCAUAGCAAAUCCAAAGCAAGGUCUCAUUCACCUUCCAUCUCACCAGGGAAACAGUUGAUGCAUAAGAACUCAACCCAUUCUGCCAGUGUCUCUCCUGUGGAGAGCCGAGGAUCCAGCCAGGAACGCUCUGGGGGAGUUUCUUUGGAAAAAGAUGGCCAGAUCUCUUCAGCAAUUGUUUCAUCUGUACAGAGUAAAAUAACUCAGGAUCUUAUGGCCAAGGUGAGAGCUAUGCUAGCCGCUUCCAAAAACAUCUCGACUAGUGCCUCCUGAGACUGGAAGGACUGAUGCUUUGGAAGAUAAUAUACAGAGGGAAUCUUGGUUUAAAAGGUUCCCAGUUCCCUUUCAAGGAGCCUAAAUCAUUACUAUGUACAGAAGAUCUUACCCUUGGACCUACACUGAAUUUUCCACAUGGAACUUCCUUUUAUAAUACAGCCUUUUGGAGUUUUGUAAAUUACAUUUUGACUGGUUCUUCAAUGAGAAUUUUACCAUGAGUAUAUGUAUAUUGUAAAUGCAACGUUCCUGAAAAUGUCACUAAAUAAAAAUGCAGAAAAA